AGGCAUGUAAACCAGAUAGUGCUGUAAAAACAAUACGUGACGGGUUCUCUGCUCCUGCUAUGAAAAACAUAACCAACCUACUAGGACAUUAGCUACAGGAACUAAACGACGAUGACGACCAAUAGUUCAAAGUACAAUAUAACGGUGAUUGGGGCCCCGGGAGUCGGUAAGAGUGCUAUUACCCUUCGACUUCUCUACCAGGAGUUUGUGGACGACUAUGAGCCCACCAAGCUGGACAGCUACCAGACAAUGAUGGAUUACCAGGGACAAGAAGUAGACGUUCAGAUUACGGACACUGCGGGUCAAGAAGAUUACGCGUCGGUACGAGAUACAUUCCUACGAAGUGGGGAAGGAUUCCUUUGUGUGUUCAGUCUCACUGACAUCGACAGUUACAACCACAUUGAAGAGCUUUAUAACCAGGUGAAAUUAGCGAAAUCGAUGGAACCACCCCAACUACCCUUUUUGAUAGUCGGCAACAAAUCUGAUUUGGAAUCGUCUCGACAAACUCAAACGGAGGACGCGGAACGGUUUGCGGAGUCCCUUGGAGUGAAAUAUAUGGAGACAUCUGCCAAGAACAAUGAGAAUAUUUCUGAAGCUUUCCAGUUUUUAAUUGGAAUGUUGGUGGAAUCCCGUUCUGCAGAGACAGCACCGAUUGAAAACAAUACAGGAAAAAAGAAGAAGAAGAAAAACCAGGGCAUUAAACGAUUCUUGUGUGGACUCGCUUGAUUACAAAAUGAGAUGAUAAAUAGACAUCCUGUCUCAAUUAGUUAAUUGAUCAAUUAAUUAAUUAAUAAUUAAUUAGGUAGAGUAACCGCACUCUGCUUAGAUUCUGAAUUGUAAUUGAGGAUAACAUUUUUUGUACCCAUUGAAUGUUCCUGAUGAAUUAUACGCUAUUUUAUAACGAAUUUACGAUAAUUACUCGGUUGGAAUAAACGAGCAUCAAGUUUGUCCAAAAUUGUAGAUAAUCUGAUACUCCUUAACUUGGCUCUUGUGUGUACUGGCUAUCCAAACAACUGGACCAUCAGGAACAUUUUUUACAUACCUAUAAAACUAUUAUAGAUCAUGUAUUUUCAGCGAAAAAUCAAGGUUUGUGCAUUUCUUCCUCGCAUAAACAUAUGUACACGCAAAUUCCUCUAAAUUCCUCUAAAUUCCUCUAGUCACUAGGCGUUAGGUGUUUCCGUUGUGUUCUAGGUGAUAAUGAUAUGGAAAUGUUCGUAGUCUUACAGAACGGAAAUGAAUAAGCAAUAACAUUGUAACAAUUAUAUAAUAUGUGGGGAAUUUUGUGGUAUUUUGGGGAAUGCCUUAAUGGAUUUUGGAAAAUCCCUAUAAUUUAGAGUCCCACAUAUUACCACAAAAUACCACAAAAUUCCCCUUGGCUUCCCCCUAUGUGGUAUCAAUAAUUCCUAGCUUUUUUAGAACGGAUAAACUAAUAUCCUAAUUUUCUACAGCUUUAAUGGCAGCCAACUAUAUAAAUAGCAACGUAGUUUCAUGUUUAAUAUAUAAUAUACAUAUAUAGUUACAAUAAUUCGAUUUUGUUGUUUUUUUUUCUUAACUCUAUUCUGCGUUUUUAUCCCCCAAUGUGUUAUUAUCGUUAACUGGUUUAUAUAUUUUUUUCAAAUAUAUGUUGAAAUCAUUAAAAUCGAGUAUUCUAUUUUAAACAUAUUACUAAAGUAAUGGAAACGAUGUUAUAAGUUUUAAUAAUAACAUAUUUUAAUUUGUAUUAUCACGGAAUGUGUCCCUAUUUGUGGAAUAUGCAUGAAAAUGAUAAAAUUUGGGUGAAAUAUAAUUGCAUCUUGGACCAUAUUGUCAUGGUUAAUGAUUUAUAAAUUUCAUCUAAGAAUGCUUUGAAAUGCACAGUUCUUUGUUUCGUGAAAUAAUUGUACUUCUUUUUGGACUAUUAGGCUUUACAUUAUCUCAGCUUAAUUUUGACCGAUUCGUGAACAACAUUUCAUUGAUUUCUGUAGCAGCAUUAAAUACGAUGAAUUUUUAGUUACGAUGGCAUAUGAGUUGUUUUAACACAAGUAACCCCGUUGCUUUGAACAAUUUUUUGGUUGAAUCUUCCUUAGAUGAAUAGUAUUUUUAGGACAUUUAUCUACACUAAUGAUUGUGCUAGGUUUUGUUAAAAUUAUUCUUAUUAAA